AUGGUACAAAAAAAGGAGUCAGUUCUCACUUCUCAUACUACGUACAAUUCACUUCAAGUGGUAGUCAAUAAUGGCUGUUAUCUGUGAAGCUAAGAUGCCAAGUCGGUGCAGCGUAAUAAGAGUCUUUGCAUAAUCUGGUCAACCAUCACCACGGGAGGAAUAGACUCAUCGGACUUUAAUAAGAGUCCAAUCUGCUUGUUUCUGUCUCUGACAAGUAACUAACGGCUAACACUUCAAGUCUUCAACAACCUUAAAUUAUAUACCCACACAGAUUUGUUUCAUUAAUUGUGUCAAGCUAAUGCGAUAACAUGGGGAACUGUGCAGAACAAGGAGGCUGUCCCUCCGAUUACUUGGCAAUUGCUAUAGCUAUCCUCUUCUUCAUUUUGCUUCUGUCGAAAUCUUUAUUUCCCUUUCUGGUACACAAGGUUCCUAGAAUACAAGGCAGCGGCUUCUGGAUUUCACUAAUUCAAGUUUUAGCUAGUUUCAACCUUCUACUGUCACUUGUGAUGGCGUCCAAUUUCUUUAAAUUUAGAAGGCAGCAUUGGUGGCAAUCUUGCUAUGUCUGGGCAGUAUGGUUUGAAGGUCCACUUGGAUUUGGUUUGCUGAUGAGUUGUCGUAUAGCACAGGCCUUCCAACUGUAUUACAUUUUUGUAAGGAAGCGUUUACCACCAGUCAGAUCUUAUAUUUUUCUUCCACUAAUUCUCGUUCCAUGGAUUACCGGGGCUGCAUUUAUCCAUUUGAGGAAGCCUCUCAAUCAUCGAUGUCAAUUUGGGGUCCACUGGGUCAUUCCAGUGGUGUUCUUCCAUGUGUUGUAUGUCGGCACUUUGGUUGUAUUCAUGGGGGCAAUUCGGCAUAUAGAGUUCAAGUUUGAUGAACUCAAGGACCUUUGGCGGGGAAUAGUAGUCUCAGCCACAUCCAUUGGUUUAUGGGUUCUUGCUUAUAUUUUAAAUGAAAUUCAUGCUAAUGUUGCCUGGCUUCAAGUUGGCUCCAGGUUUCUGCUUUUAGUUAUGGCAAGUAUUCUUACAUUGGUUUUCUUCUCUAUAUCAAGUUCAGAGCCUCUGCUCACUCAAAUCAGCUUGAGGAGAAGAGAACCUAAAGAAUUUGAAACAAUGGGUGAGGCUCUGGGCAUACCAGAGAGUGGAGUAUUAUCUCAACGAGAACUGGCUCCAGUCAUAGAUCCUAAUGAACCUCUGGACCAGCUUCUUCUUAACAAAACAUUCAGGCAGUCUUUUAUGGCUUUUGCUGACAGUUGUUUGGCUGGGGAGAGUGUUCAUUUCUAUGAUGAAGUGCAUGAACUUGGAAAAAUUCCUGCAGAUGACCAUGUAAGGAGGAUUUACAUGGCCCGGCAUAUUAUCAGGAAGUAUAUAGUUGCAGGUGCCUCCAUGGAGGUGAAUAUAUCUCAUCGAGCCCGACAAGAAAUUCUGACUACUGCCAAUCUGGCACAUCCUGAUCUGUUCAAUAAUGCAGUAAAUGAGUUGAUCCAGUUGAUGAAGACGAACUUAGGAAGAGAAUACUGGUCAUCCAUGUUCUUCAUCAAAUUAAAAGACGAAGCCAACAUGAGAUCUGCUAGCCAUGAGCUGGAACAAAUCUCAGGCUGGAAUUUCUCUCCUAGGUUGAGUUCUGUACAUUGCCAUGAUGAUCCCUUUCAGCAAGAACAAUUUCCCAAGACCUCUGGCCAUAAUACUCAUGACUCAGACUCAUCAAGUCUGAAGAAUUGUUGAUUAUGGUGGCCGGGAAUCCUUUCUUAACAUAGGCAUGGCUUAUUAAGUACAUGAUUAAGGUGCUUUAAGCAAAGUUGUAACCCCGACGAAGUGGAUUUAGGAAGCAAAAUAUGAAAGAAAGGAUGAAUACUGAAAGAUGCGGCAAAAGAUAGGAGGCUGAACUGAGAAUCAAGUGCGGUAACAUGGAGCCUACAAUAGAUUUAUACAGAGACAACCAUCGAAGGUCUCGCCGAGUUGUAAACGAGUUCUCUAAGUUAGCUGAACAUUACUGAUGGUGGAGGCUCGUUUUAUUUACAUGUUAUGUUUCUUGUACAAGUUUCCGAAUGAUAUUGGAAGUGAUAGAGAGGACUAAUAUAUGCUGUUGUUGGAGCCA